AUGGAAUGGUGUAACCAAUGCACUUCUAUCAAGUAUCUAUUCAAAUACAUUCACAAAGGAUAUGACAGAAUCGGUGCAAGUGUGGUUGCUUUUAAGUCUAACACCGGACUACGGCAUGAAUGUGUAGAUGAGAUCAAACAAUAUCUCGAUUGUAGGUAUGUUUAUCCGAGUGAGGCAUGUUGGCGAAUAUUUUCAUACAAGGUUCAUGGAAGGAAACCUGCUGUUGAGCGAAUGUUUUUCCAUCUCAUUGGUGAAAAGGCUGUCUAUUACAAAGAUUGUGAACAAAUGGAGCAUGUCUUAGAAAAUGCAAGCGUCACAAAAUCUAUGUUAACGUCUUGGCUGGUAGCAAAUGGAACAUAUGAGGAAGCCCAAUCAUUAACAUACGGUGAAUUCGUUACAAAGUUUGUUUAUGUUAAGAGAAACAGAUUGUGGAAGCCACGAAAAAAAGAGUUUACUAUCGGACGUUUGGUGUGGGUUCCACCGACAACCGGUGAACUUUUCUAUUUGCGGAUGAUGUUGACUGUAGCAAAGGGACCAACUAGCUAUAAAGAAAUCAGGAAGGUCGGUGAAACACAAUAUGAAACCUUUCGAGAAGCAUGCUUUGCAAUGGGAUUUUUAGAUGAUGAUCGAGAAUACAUUUGUGCGUUAAAGGAGGCAAGUGCUUGGGGGACAUGUCAUUAUCUUAGGAAGUUGUUUGUUGUUAUGCUGCUAUCAGGUGCUGUAAACCGUCCUGCUCAUGUAUGGAAAGAAUCAUGGAUUAUAUUGUCAGAUGGUCUCUUAUACGAGCAAAAACUCAUUGCCAACAAUCCAAAUUUAACAUUACCGGAUGAGGCAAUCCAGCAGCUGACAUUGAUGGAGAUCGAAAAAAUGCUGCAACUGAACCAUCAUACUCUACAUGAUUUCAAGCCCAUUCCUUAUCCAAAUGACUAUGUUAUUCAACAGUUUGGAAACCGUCUUAUAUACGAUGAAAGACAGUACAAUAUCCAGGAAAUGAAGGCGGAAUUUGAUAACAGGAAGAUUUACGACCAAAUCAUGGAUGUCGUUAUCAAACAGAAAGGUGGUGUCUUCUUCCUGCACGGUUAUGGCGGAACCGGUAAGACAUAUAUGUGGAGCACACUUGCAAGUGAAUUGAGAUCUAAGCAUGAGAUUUGUCUUACUAUUGCAACAAGUGGGAUAGCAUCUCUUUUGUUGCCAGGAGGUCGUACAACUCAUUCAAAGUUCAAGUUGCCGGUUCCAUGUGUCGAAAACUCAACUUGCAAAAUUAAUUUCAAUGAGGACAGCGCUGGUCUUCUGAGGGAGGCAAAGUUAAUUAUAUGGGACGAGGCACCAAUGGCACACAAAUAUUGUUUUGAAACGCUGGACAGGACUUUGAAGGAUGUCAUGAGUAAUUACAGUAACUCCGAUUCUGUUUUCGGAGGGAAGGUUGUGAUUUUUGGUGGGGAUUUCUGUCAGAUAUUACCCGUUGUACCCGAAGGAAGCCGUUCUGACAUUGUCCAUUCAACUAUUAACUCUUCUUACAUUUGGGCCAUUCUUGCUUCCACUUUGGACAUUGUUGACAAAAUCAAUGACCAUGUCCUUGACAUGAUGCCAGGGGAAAUACGAGAUUACUACAGCUCUAACUCAGUUGAUCGAUCCGAAAUACAUGACAACAACAUUCUUCAAGUGCUUAGCCCAGAAUUCCUAAGCUCUUUAAGAACUUCUAGACUACCUAACCAUAACUUAAGGUUAAAGGUUGGAACACAAAUCAUGCUUAUGCGAAACAUUGAACAAUCACAAGGUCUAUGUAAUGGGACGAGGCUUAUAGUAACUAAAAUGGCUUCUCAUGUCCUUGAGGCCAAAUUGAUGGGUGAUAACAAUAAUGGAAAGGUUAUAUACAUCCCGCGAAUGGAUAUGUCCCCAUCUCAAUCUCCAUGGUCAUUCAAGUUAUCGAUACGUCAGUUUCCAGUUAUUGUAGCCUAUGCCAUGACCAUUAACAAAUCACAAGGACAAUCGUGGGAUUGGGUUGGACUUUAUAUACCUCGGGAUGUUUUCACACAUGGACAUAUUUAUGUUGCCGUUUCAAGAGUUACAACAAAAAGAGGUAUCAAGAUAUUGAUACAUGAUGAUAAAAACAUCCCAAAGCUUUCAACAUGUAAUGUUGUAUACAAAUAA